CGAUGUCACGUGACUUGCCGGCGCGUCCUGAGUUCCACGGAGACUCGACAGGUGGCUGUACUAGGGGAUCCAGUCGGGAAUUUCUCCAUUGUAUUGUACAUUUCCCGUAUGAUUUCUCAAUAUCUACUAAUUUGUAUCGCAUACGAUGAAAGAAUUUUGACAUGUGUACAUCUUUUUUCAUGCGUCAUUUUAUAUUUUGGGUCUUUUUAUCCGAAAUUCUCUAUUUUGGAGUCUCUAGAAUCGGAAUAUCGACCAAUUAGAGAACGAUAUUUUCUCGACGUCAGUACCCGGCCAUAUGAGAAAAGGCGGGCUAUGACAGCAGACGGACAACAUGAUAACCUGUGUAAACACAUGUUACGAAUCUGCUCGCGGUAUUUGAGAUUUUCUUGAUGUUUUUACUUAGUUAUUAAUAUUGAUUCGGUAUAUGUUGAAGAGAGCUCGUUUUAAUUGGCUUAUCGUGUGAUCUUGAGAUGGAAACUUCGGGAAACACGGGAGCUUUUCGUUCUGCCAGGUUUAACAAGAGGAACCCAAACCAGGAUGCCACAAGUUCGGGGGACAAUGCAUUGGGAAGAUUGCUCGAGAUCAAGGAGGACAUUAGAAUUGAUGCGGUGUACGAUUUUAGUAAGAUCACUGAUUCGAAGGAAAGGAUAGGAUUUCUGCUUAAUAUGCAUGCGACAGAGAUUAUGAACGAUGAUAAGCGUCUGCUAAGCGGUGUAGAUUAUUACUUCAUAGAAGAAGAUGCCACAAGAUUUAAAGUAUUCUUACCUUAUUCUCCAUACUUCUAUGUUUUAUGUCGUAAAGAUACAUUUGAAGAAGUGUCAACAUUUUUAUCUAAGAAAUAUAUAGGAGUUUUAGUAAAAAUCGAAACUAUUCACAAAGAAGAUCUUGAUUUGCCUAAUCAUUUGAUUGGUUUGAAACAAAAAUACUUGAAACUUUCUUUUGCUAAUGUUGUUGAUUUGACAAAAGUUAAACGCGAUAUCAUGCGUGUUGUUAAAAUUAACAAAGUACGAGAGAAAAGUAACACUUAUUACACAGAUAUGCUAGCAACUACAUUACACUCAAAUGAACAAGACAAUAGUAGGCAAAGUUUAGAUCGUAUGGACAAUAUUCUUGAUAUUAGGGAACAUGAUGUACCUCACCAUGUUCGAGUAUCUAUAGAUCAGAACAUUUUUUGUGGUGUUUGGUAUUCUGUAAAAGUAAAGGGAAAUGAACCACCUAUAAUUACACGAAGAGAAGACAUUAUUGAACCGCCUGAACCUAUUGUGUUAGCAUAUGAUAUUGAAACCACAAAGUUACCAUUAAAAUUUCCAGAUUCCAGUAUUGAUCAAAUUAUGAUGAUAUCAUAUAUGAUAGAUGGGCAGGGAUACUUAAUAACAAACAGAGAACUGAUCUCAUCAGACAUACGAGAUUUCGAAUAUACACCGAAACCAGAAUUUGAAGGCCCUUUUACGAUAUUCAACGAGCCUAACGAAAAAGCGACGAUAGCCAGAUUUUUCGAUCAUAUAAACGAAAUAAAACCACACAUAUUUGUAACGUACAACGGUGAUUUCUUCGAUUGGCCGUUUGUCGAAGCCAGAGCAACUAUACAUAACAUGAGUAUGAAAGAAAGAAUUGGCUUCUCAAAAAAUCGCGAAGGCGUCUAUGUCAGUAGAGCUGCUAUGCAUAUGGAUUGCUUAUGCUGGGUAAGACGUGAUUCUUAUCUCCCAGUGGGUUCUCAGAAUUUAAAAGCUGUUGCUAAAGCCAAAUUAAGAUACGAUCCGGUGGAACUUGAUCCGGAAGAUAUGUGCAAAUUAGCGUCGGAAGAACCAGAACUGCUUGCGAACUACUCCGUUUCCGAUGCCGUGGCAACGUUUUAUCUUUAUCAGAAAUAUAUUCAUCCCUUCAUAUUUGCGUUAUGUACUAUUAUCCCUAUGGAACCGGACGAAGUACUUAGAAAAGGAUCCGGUACACUAUGUGAAUCACUCUUAAUGGUACAGGCUUUUAGAGCUAAUAUUAUAUUUCCUAACAAGCAGGAAACCGAACUGAACAAAUUGACAAAAGACGGCCACCUAUUGGACCAAGAAACGUAUGUGGGUGGACACGUAGAGGCCUUGGAGUCUGGUGUUUUCAGGGCUGAUAUCCCUUGCCGUUUCAAGAUCGUACCAAGUGCGGUGGAUGAAUUGAUCGACGGUGUGGAAAACGCUUUGAAACAUACGAUACGGGAAGAAGAAAAAGUGCCGAUUGAAAUGGUGACGAAUUUUAACGAAAUAGUGGACGAAGUUAGGGGAAAAUUGAAAGACCUCCGAGAUCAACCUCUGAGAUUAGAAAACCCCGUGAUUUAUCACUUGGACGUAGGCGCUAUGUAUCCAAAUAUUAUCCUGACUAAUAGAUUGCAACCCUCCGCGAUCGUGAAUGAGAUGGAUUGCGCGGUGUGCGAUUAUAACAAAUCUAACGCUCUUUGUCAAAGAAAGAUGGAGUGGAUGUGGAGAGGCGAAUAUCUGGCUGCCAAUCUGGGUGAGUAUCAAAGGAUAAAGCAACAAUUAGAGACUGAAAGGUUUCCACCGCAGUUCCCUGGCGGCUCUAAGAGGGCAUUUCAUGAAUUAACCAUGAAAGAACAAGCCACGUUUGAAAAGAACAGGCUCACCGAGUAUUGCAAAAAAGCUUAUAAGAAGGUGAAAAUUACGAGGACGGAGGAGAGGACACAAACGAUCUGUCAGAAGGAGAAUUCGUUUUACGUAGACACCGUGAGAGCAUUCAGAGAUAGAAGAUACGAGUUCAAAGGGUUAACUAAAGUCGCUAAGCGGCAAGUGGCAGCGGCUGUGGCGAAAGGAGACGCUGCUGAGAUAAAAUCCGCCAAGAAUAAAGAAGUCUUGUAUGACUCUCUUCAGCUAGCUCACAAGUGUAUUCUCAACUCUUUCUAUGGUUACGUUAUGAGAAAAGGAGCUAGAUGGCACAGCAUGGAAAUGGGCGGCAUUGUGUGUUACACGGGAGCUCACAUUAUCAUGCGGGCUAGGGAAAUCAUCGAAAAAAUUGGCCGCCCAUUGGAACUGGACACCGACGGUAUAUGGUGCAUAUUACCUGCAUCUUUUCCAGAUUCUCUUGUAGUUCACUCCACUCACGAGAAGAAAUCGAAAUUUACGAUCUCUUACCCGAACGCCGUCCUCAAUUUCAUGGUGAAGGAUCAAUUUACCAACGACGUAUACCACGAGCUCGUGGACAAGGAUAACUUAACGUAUGAGAUACGGAGCGAGAACUCGAUAUUUUUCGAAAUCGACGGACCAUAUUUGGCGAUGGUGUUGCCCGCUGCCAAGGAAGAAGGGAAGAAACUGAAGAAACGAUACGCUGUGUUCAAUUUCGACGGCUCGCUAGCCGAGCUGAAGGGAUUCGAGGUGAAAAGGAGAGGCGAGCUGCAGCUGAUAAAAAUCUUCCAGGCGUCCGUGUUCGAGUCCUUCCUAAAGGGCAACACGUUAGAGGAGUGUUACGCGUCGGUCGCGAAGGACGCGGAUUAUUGGCUUGAUUUGCUGUACAGCAAGUGCGCGAACAUGCCCGACUCCGAGUUAUUUGAGCUGAUAUCUGAGAAUAAAUCCAUGUCGCGUAAGCUGGAGGAGUACGGUGCUCAGAAAUCCACGUCGAUUUCCACCGCUAAGAGAUUGGCCGAGUUCUUGGGCGACGAGAUGGUCAAGGACGCGGGCUUGGCUUGCAGAUACAUCAUAGCGAAUAAACCGCAAAGCGCGCCGGUCACCGAGCGUGCGAUACCGUUGGCCAUCUUCCAGUCGGAGCCGGCUGUGCGUAGGCAUUAUCUGAAAAAAUGGCUGAAGGAUCCCACUUUGUACAACGACGACAUAAGGGACAUCUUGGACUGGAAUUACUACAUCGAGAGGCUCGGCAACGCCAUCCAGAAGAUCAUCACUAUACCAGCGGCUAUGCAAGGCUUAGCCAACCCGGUCCCGCGAGUGCAGUACCCGUCUUGGUUGCACAAGAAAGUGAUGGAGAGAGGUGCGUCUCAUCGUCAGAGGAAGAUCACCGACAUUUUUACCGUAACAACAACUAAGAAUACCCCCGAUAGGGUCGGGGGGGAGUCUGGUUCCACAGAACCCCGCGAUAUCGAGGAUCUCGCGGGACCGUCGAGUGGCUUCAAGAAACCAUCAACAGUCGUGUCGGUCGUCAGCAAGAGGAAAAGGCGACGCUCAGAGGAGGAGGAUGAAGCAGUCAGGAGCAGAAGUUGGAAGGAGGCUCUAGGGUCACCUCCUCCCAAGGGAAAGACCAAGGAAGAGAGGUUGAAGUGGUUGGAGUUCCACAAGAAGAAGUGGGCCUUCCAGGCUAAGCAGAGGCAGCAACAUCGACGGAAGAGAAGCAGAACGUCCGACGAGAGCGAUGUGGGUGUUUGGGGGGUUAUACGAAACGCGAACACGUCCACCAUGGACGGUUUCUUGAGGCGUGCUCAACGAAAGCUGCUGGAGUCUCCUUGGCAGAUCGUCCAGUUGUCGGAGACCAGCGAGCCGGGUAUGUUCCGCUUAUGGAUACUGGUCGAGACGCAGUUGCACCGAGUGCGCCUCGUGGUGCCGCGUGUGUUUUACGUGAAUACCCGUAAAGCGAGGCCCGACCCGGGCCCUAACGAACUCUGGAGGAAGAGCUUCAAGUCCUUGCCGCGCUCUCGCCCGGUGUACAACCUGUAUCGAUACUCCUUGCCGGAGUCGCUUUUCCAGGAGCACAGCCGGGAGCUUCUCGAGGAUCUGAGCAAGCCGGAGAUCGAAGGCAUUUACGAGACGCAAAUGUCUUUAGAAUUUCGAGCCAUAUUGCAAUUGGGAUGCGUGUGCAUGGUCGACCUACGUGCCGCGCGUAAGAUGGCGGACGGCGCCGACACCUUCUCCCUGGAUCAGCUGGAAUUCAAAAGUAUCGCCUUCCAGCCAUACCUCAAGCAGACAGAAUCGAUCAACUAUAUAUUCCUCUAUCACCACUGGAGCUCCAAUCGCCAAAGGGCACUUUGGAGUCUGUUCCUGAACGCCAGCAAGAGAGCCUACGUAGUCAUCUUAGACUCGGUCGCUUCUAAUCAGAUGCCGAACCUGAAUACGCUCUACACGCAAGAACGCAACGCGAUGCUGGCAAGGGAAGACGAAAGCAAAAUAAGCAAACUGCCCAAGACCAUGCAGUUCGUGAUACAGAACGAAACGAAUUUCCAACAAGUAUGCCGCAUAUUGCAAGCGGCUCUGACGAUAUACCAGAAUGAAGGUCACGGUGCCACGAUCAUCAUCAAUCAGACCGCUCUGGACAAGGCGGUACUGACCGCGGAGAUGCCGCUGCUCAACGAGUUCCCCCUCGUCAGCACGCACGUGCGGGACGUCGAGAAUCUCUACAGCAUGAUGGAGUGGCAGAAGACCGGCGCGAAAAUGAUGAUCAGGCAUUAUUUGAAGAGCCAGCAGAUCGUCGAGCUGAUGGCGGAGCAGUGUCGCUUCUUUCACUCGCCCAUUGGUAACAUACCCGCCGAUCCUACUCUCUUUGGCGCGGACCUGUUCUACGCCCGGCAUCUGCACAGGAACAACUUCGUCCUGUGGUGUUCGCCGACGGAGAAACCGGACUUGGGCGGCAGCGAGAACGACGACAACAGAUUACUGACGGAUUUCGAAGAGAGCUCCAGUUGCGCCGCCAAUAAUCCGGGCACGUAUUCCAGCGUCUGCGUUCAACUGGACGUGGAGAGUCUGGCGGUCAACGCGUUGCUGCAGUAUCAUCAUAUCCACGACAUAGACGGAACUAGUGCAUUUGUGGCCUUCCACAAUCAGCAACGUCCUUCUGUUCAGGACAUAGUGACCGGCGAAGCUUCAGCGACUAUUCCUAGCUACGACGAAAUUACUCUGUGCAAUCCGGCGUUUAAGACGUUGCGAAGUAUGGUGAACGCAUGGUUGCUCGAAGUAUCAGUCUAUAAAAAUGUAUUUGCCGAUUAUCAAUUGAUUCAUUUUUAUCGAUGGCUGAGAUCUUCGAACGCUUUACUCUACGAUCCCGCUCUACGUCGUACGCUACACACAUACAUGAAGAAAUUGUACAUACAAUUGAUAGCGGAGUUUAAGACGUUGGGUUGUAUCGUAGUUUUCGCGAACUUCAACAAAAUCAUCGUGUGCACGCGGAAAAGAUCGAUUGCCGACGCUCUCGGCUACAUGGAAUUUGUUGUUCAAACCAUACGAAACAAGGAGCUGUUUCACAGUAUCGAAAUUACAUUAGAUCAAUGUUGGGAAUAUCUAAUAUGGCUUGACUUGCACAACCACGCUGGUAUUAAAGGAGAGAUAGCGAAGGAAGACGACGUCAACAAUAGUAUGGGGAACAGUGAGAAUAAUACUGAAAAUGACGAGGAUGACAUGCCUAAAAUAGCGAUGAACUGGAGCUUGAUGGAAUGUCUACCGAAGGAAGCUGGAUGUCAAGCGAGUUUCAACGUUAUAAUAGCAGGGUACAUAAACGCAGUCUAUCAGUGCAUGAUCGACAACGAAGUCAAUAGUACUAUAAGACCGAGGAGAAGACAGAGCCAAAGCCAGCCUUUAUCGAUACAGCUUGGUUUAGGAGCAUUGGAAAAUACAGCGGAGUUCGCGAAGAAGCUGAUUUCCGGAGAGAUGUCACAAAAAUUAUUCAAAAUAGCGGAAAAGAUACAUCGGAAUUUGCCGGAGAAAGUAUUGUCUUUGGAAGAAUAUCCGAAUUUAGAUAUGGGUGGCAAGGAGAAUAUAAAGAUUAAUCCCGCUCUUGAAUUAAUCAAAGCGAUAUGCAAGGUUUUAUCUUUAGACAAGGAAGUUGAAAGCGAGGUUUACAACUUGAAAUCAAAUCUCUUACGGUUAAUCGGAGUCGGAAAUCAUGGCGAUAACGUCGAGUGGAAGGAACCGUGUAUCUCUCUCAUCUUAUCGGAAGUUAUAUGCAGAGCGUGUAAUCACACGAAAGAUAUUGAUCUUUGUAAAGAUCAGCAUUAUACGGUUGAAAACAACAGGCAUAUGUGGAAGUGUUCCACUUGCGAUACUUUUUACGACAAUGCGGAAAUAGAAUUUUUAUUGAUCGACAAGUUGAAUCGCAAGAGUAUGGGUUACGUGCUGCAGGAUUUACAAUGUCGAAAGUGUAAAGGGAUUAAGCGUGAGAACAUGAGCGUGCAAUGCUCUUGCUCCGGCUUAUACGGAAAUUUAAUCCCCCAAGAUGAGAUAACGACAUUUGUAAAUAUAUGUAAAUCUAUAGCCAGCAAAUGUAAAAUGAAUAUUCUAGCAGAGAUAGUAGAGAACACAAAACUCUUUAUCGAUCAAUAACCGUGAAUAAAAAACAAGUUUUAUAUUGACAAAUUAAAUAUGA